AUGUCUGCCGAUUUGAAGAAGCCUUGCUCAUCAUACAUUCUCUACUGUAAUGACAAUAGAACUGCCGUAAAGACUCGUCUCGGUGAUGAUGUCUCCCAAAAGGAAGUCCAAAAGGAAUUAGCCAAGAUGUGGAAGGAAGUCUCUGACGAAACCAAGGAAAAGUACAAGAAGAUCUACCAACAAAACAAGGCUGAAUAUGAUAAGAAGAUUGAAGCUAUCAAGGCCGCUGAAAGUGAUGACUCUGAUGAUACCAACAAGAGACAACUCAGAAAGAGAAAGGCUAAGAAGGAAGAAUCCUCUGAUGAUGAAUCAAGCAAGAAGAAGAAGAAAUCUACUGAAAAGAAGGAAACUGCUCCAAGAAAGCCAAACGGUUAUCAAGUCUACAUGAAGGAAAACAAGGAAAAGCUCAAGACUGAUACUUUGACUGGUAAGAAACUCACAGAAAAGGUUCAAAAGAUGUGGAAGGAAUUAGAUGAUGAUGAAAAGAAGAAGUGGACUGAAAAGGCUAAGAAUGCCAAGCCAGCUUCUGAAGAUUCUGACGAGUAAAUUUACCACAGACAACACUCUCACAAUUCUCCCAUCACACAACAAAUCUAAAACUUCACCAACAACCAACACACCAAAUUGUUAAUAACUUGUGUACAGUACACUUCUAGGCCCCAUCACUACAAUUGAUGAUCACCUCUAGUUUCCAA